AUGUCUGAUGUUGAUGAAGUUCUGUUGGAAGAGUCUGGAGCUGAGAACGACUUAGACGCAUCGCUGGAGAACGACGACGCUGAAGAUGACCCCGAAUUGGAAGCCAUCAAGGAAAGAGUCAAGGCCAUGGAAGCUGAGGCGGAGAAACUCAAGGAGCUACAGUCAGAGGUCGAAAGCCAGAUGAGCAUGGGCGACGCGCCUAUGGGAUCUGCAAACUUCCCUACGUUAGAGGAAAAGGUCGACGCUGACAACAGAUCGAUUUACAUCGGACAGGUCGAUUACUCGGCAACCGCAGAAGAACUUGAGCAACACUUUCACGGUUGCGGCGCGCUCAAUCGAGUGACCAUCCUCUGCGACAAGUACUCUGGGCAUCCGAAGGGCUUUGCUUACAUUGAAUUCACGGAGAAGGAGUCAGUUGACGCGGCGAUCGCUCUUGAUGGAUCGAUGUUCAGGGGCAGGCAGAUUAAAGUCAUGCCCAAGAGAACGAACAAGCCGGGCGUCAGCUCAACCGAUAGAGGAGGCUUCCGCGGACGUGGAAGAGGCCGUGGCCGAGGCUUUUAUGGUCGUGGUCGAGGACGAGCAAUGUAUAGAGGACGCGGUCGCGGUGGCUAUGCACCUUAUUGA